AUGAGUACGAAUACAGAAAUCAUAAAAAAUAAUGAUCUGCAAGGCCUGGUCGAUAAUAAGAGGAAGCUGGUCAAUGAAAUAAGAGAAUUCGAAAAGUCCAUCAAGCCUAUAGAGUUUGAAUCAUAUCAGGAUUAUUUUCUAAUAAAAACAUUUAAAAAAGGAAUAUCUGCGAGUGGUCAUGUGGAUAUUGAUAGCCUAAGAAAUAAAGAAUAUGGAAUUUAUUAUAAGAAAAUCAAAAAGAACUCUGCACAAGAUGUUGGUGUGCCUAUUCCAUCGAAUCCCUCAUCGUCCUCUUCUUCUACCAGAUCAAGCUCGUCAAUUGACAUUAGUGACACGGAAUAUUCAGGUGAUAAUAAUCCUGUUACGGCUGGUGAUAAUGCGACCGGACGAAGAAGACGGACCAGAUCUCAAGUAACCCAAAGGGAAAACAGUGUACCAAUUUCUUUACCCUCAAUUCGUGAGGCUAAAGCCGAUGAUGACGAUGGAGCCAUUUCAGAGAUAAAUAGUAGCGAAUUACCCUUUCCUAUUCCAAUUUCAGAGGUUGACAACCUCGAUAUUGCUUCAGAUAUUACUGAAAGGGAUGGUGUCAGAAGAAGAUCAUCAAGAAUAUCGGAAAGAGACAAAAGACGUUCGCAAUCUAGGCUGGAGUCUGAAGAAGAUGAAGAAGGCGACGAACAUGACAUGGAUGAAGGGGAGACAAAAAUUCAGGAUCUUUAUGAAAGCUUGGUGCCCAAAAUUUUGGAGCCACGUAGGAGAUCAGAUUGGAUUCUUCCUCCCAAGGCAAGGUACACGCCUGAGAAGCAAAUGAGGACCAAACCAUCGUUCAAGAGUAUAAAGAUAAACGAACUUGUCGGGAAUAAAAGGAUACGAAGUAUAUUAUCUAGAUUUGAAGGUGGUGUUGCGGGUAUACGCAAAAGAGAUUGGGAUUCUACCCAAUAA